GUGCGCAUGCGCGGUGCGGGCGGAGGGGAAGUGAUUUGGGCAGCGCGGCGCCUUCCGGCGGUGCGGGCUGAGGGAGCGGCGCGGAGCGGAGCGGAACCGGCUCCGAGCGAGGCCGGCCCCGACGGGACGGAGCCGCGCUCCGGAUCUGCCUCGUCCCGGCCCGUCCCGCCGCACGUGAGCCGAGGAGCCGAGGAGCCGGGCGGAGCCGAAGCGGGAUCCGGGCUGACCCGCCCUCCGGGACCGGCGGGCGAGCGGGGCGCGGCGUCGGCGCGGCCCUCGGACCCCCCCGCGUUGGCCGGGCCUUCCUUUCCUUUCCCCCGGCCGUUCCUCCGUCCCGCUCCCCCGGCCGCCGCCCCAUGCUCGGUUCCCGCUGAGCCGCGGCCCCGGCCCCGCUCGCUCGGGCCGCCCGGGGGCUCUCGCCGCCCGCACCUCCCCCUCCCCCCGUCCCCGCCCCGCUGCAGGCGCCGGGCCCUUGGAUGCCGCCGAGAUGGGCAAGGUGCUAUCCAAGAUCUUCGGCAACAAGGAGAUGCGGAUCCUGAUGCUGGGGCUGGACGCGGCCGGCAAAACCACCAUCCUGUACAAACUGAAGCUGGGCCAGUCCGUCACCACCAUCCCCACCGUGGGCUUCAACGUGGAGACGGUCACUUACAAAAACGUCAAGUUCAACGUGUGGGAUGUGGGGGGGCAGGACAAGAUCCGGCCCCUCUGGAGGCACUACUACACGGGCACGCAGGGCUUGAUCUUCGUGGUGGACUGCGCCGAUCGCGACCGCAUUGACGAGGCCCGCCAGGAGCUGCACCGCAUCAUCAACGACAGGGAGAUGCGGGACGCCAUCAUCCUCAUCUUCGCCAACAAGCAGGACCUGCCCGAUGCCAUGAAACCACACGAAAUCCAGGAGAAACUGGGCCUGACCCGGAUCAGGGAUAGGAAUUGGUACGUGCAGCCCUCGUGUGCUACUACAGGGGACGGACUCUACGAAGGGCUGACAUGGUUAACGUCCAAUUAUAAAUCCUAAUGAGAGUAACUAUUUAGUCUACAAAGAAUUAAAGAGAAAAGAAAAAAAAAAAAAAAAGAAAGAAAAAAAAAAAGAAUAAAUGACCCGCCCGGCUUUCCGGAAGAAUGAUUCUCUACAGAAAAGUAAAACAAAAGCAUCCAUAGGAUUACGAUCACCUUUCUCCAAUGACCACCCUUUCCUUCUCCACACCUGACUGGAUUCCUGUUUUAACUCUCCUCGCUUGGCGUUAGGAUGCUCUAACCUCCGAAUGUGACACGAACACGAGCACUAGAUGCUAUGGCAGACCUCGGCAAACAGGGGAAAGACACAUUGUAGACUUGCUAAGUAACUUUAUUUUUCUCUCUCUCUCUCAAAGCCCUUGAGAUGGUUUGGUUGUUCUGGGGCCGGCUGGGGGAGGGCUGCCGUUCUCAGUGUAUGCUUUUCUGGUUCGACUUUUUUGAUGAUAUUUUUUGUUCCUCUCUCACUUUGCUGUAGAUUGCUACUCUUUUGCCUUCAUGCGGAAUAUGUUGAUAGGUCGACUUCAUCUAGUAAACGGAAAACUCUUGCUUCAAAUCAAACCGCAGUCUGUCUUUUUAUAUUAAGGACUUUUUGUAAAGUUCUGUUAAUCUGUAACUGAACAGUGACUCUUGGUCUGGCUCCGUAUCUCAGCCUCGUAACGAGACCAAUUCCUGCCCGCGGUGGCAGAUAGGAAUACCAUUGUAACACGUUCAAAGUGCAUAUCAGGCAUCGUGUUCACUAGGUAAUGUAAGAACUGCUUUGAAAUGUCAGCUGUGAAGUUCUGAACCAUACAUCAUGCAUGAGAAGGGAUGCAAAUGAGUUCCCCAUCCUACAUGGCGACCAUAUAGCGAAUAAAACACGAAUGAUGUAAUCAUAGUUCCAGGGUAGAUACUGUUCCGUUUCUGUCUUGCAUUGCCAGUUUAAUGAUGUUUAGCUGCAGUUUUUACUCCUUCGGUCAGUCUCCAGUUCGAUGUGAGACAGGUUCCUUCCAGCAACACGCAGCAAUAACCUGCAAGCGUUGCAACAAGUUUUACUCCAAAUUGGCGGGUUGGGGCAGAAGUCGAGCACUGACUUGCCUGCCCCGGGAUGAAGGCAACGUUGCUUCAUCCUCGGGCCUCUCGAUCUUAAAGGAUUUCUCACUUUUGGCAUCACCUUAAGGCAUCUAAAUCUCCACGGGGUUUCUCAUUUCUGAAUGUGUGGCAUGGAGAGAACAGACAGAGCCCGGCUGCUCGAGCUGCGGUUGUGCAGCGGGGCUGAGCUGAGGGCUGAGUUCCUGCAUGGCCGUGCAGCGUCGGCCCUGAGUUGUUGCUGCAGUGCUGUAGGAAGGGAACCGUGUUGGCUGUCUGAAACCCAUUGAGUAACUGCCAAUGAGAGCGGGGUGGAGAGAGUGAGAAUACGACUAUGAAUGUAAACUUCCAUAAUUAGUUCUUAAAGGGCAAGCAGCUCAUUCGCCGUGCCACAGCCUGCAGGUGUGGCUGGCAGAAAAACCCCACCCAGAGCCAGUAAUGAGUGUGAGGUCUCAAUCAAGUGUUAGUGCUGGCCGCAAAACAUACUAAAGCAGCUGGUUCUGAUUCAGCCUUAAGGAUUAACUUCAGAUUUCCUCAAGGAGUUAAACUCGAUUGGGGAAUUCUAGGAAUGUAUGCUACAAAACCAGAAGAAAAUGGCUUUUUUUUUUUUCCUCAAGGAUAUAAGUUUGAUGUGAAAUUGGGGCAUUACGCUACGGUUGUGCAGCGUUGACUCUGUGUGCAAAGUCCAUUGUGUAUGGAGCUCUUACCAAAGAUGAAUGGGAAGAUUAACACACACAUACAAAAUAACGCUGAAUUCACUUCUGGAAUUGAAUGUUUUGGACCAUGUCGAAGUAACUUUGGACCAUGUCAAAGUAACUUUGGACCAUGUCAAAGUAACUUUGAAUCUGGUUCCAAACAACGUAUAUCUCUGUGUGGGGUGUGAGUGGGACCGAGUGGGUUCAUGGUGCUGGAGGAUAGAGCAUUGACUGGGAGCCCUGCUGAGCUGAGCUGAGCCUGGUGUCCAACCACUGCAGGCUCAGUUGUGGAGGAGGGGGGAGCUUCCCACCUUAUUGCUGUCCGAGUGUCACUGCUCUAUUUUCCAGCCUGUAAGGCUUGUUUUGUUCCUCUGAUGUAACUUAACCAACAGUGUGGCGGUAUAAAGGUUCAAAUGCGAGAAUACGGUUUUCUGUUUUCUUCUGGAGCAUAAAUAAAACAGCCAAGCACAAAGUAAACGCCUAAA